AUGAGUUUUCAAUUGGAUGACUACAGGCGACCGAUAGAGGAAGAGGAGUUUGAUGAUACAGAAUUGGAGACACCCGUUAGGCUCAAUACCCUGAACAUCAAACAAACAGAAACUGCCAAUGGGCUAUAUAGAUCGUUCCGAGCAAGUGGAGUCAAUUAUGGAGCAACAUCUAACUUGAGGAAAGAGUCAGGUCUCCUGAAGGAAGCGAAAAGUAAGACUGGAAAUGAUAAGGGCUCCCCUAUACACAAAAAUGCUAAAGAUCCCGACAUAUUGACAAUAGGAUCUCCGCCCAGUUUGAAAUUUGACAAAUCGAUAUCGCUCGAUGAGAAACAUAAGCAGCGCCUCAAAAACCACAGCCCUACACCUGUCACAAGACUAAAACCUCCUACUUCAGAGCUCAGUCCUGUGGAUCAUUCACCUGUUUCGUACAAAGUUGCCAAGCCUAGUAUAGAAAGGAAAGGUGAUGGAAAGGAUAAAGCACGAGCAACAGAAACACCCCUACUGAAGAUAAGACACGAUGACGAAGCUAAACAAUCGAUUUUGGACAGAGUGAAUACAACUUUGGAGUCGAUAAAAAGGACGGAGCCAAAUGAUGAAGGCAUCCAUGCGACAACAAGACCUAGUGAUGUUCUGCCAGCAAAGGCACGAUAUACAAGAUCCAACGAUGGAACCGUGCAGCCGUCAUAUGACUUUGAAGUUGAUGAGCCGGAUUUCGUGCACGCGCCUAGCGAAACGGCUCAGCAACCAGAAAAAGAAGUCCCCCAUUCGAGAAGUGAGCAGCUCCAUUUAAAUUUUGAUGUACAUGAGAGAGACGAUGUACUUAGUCGGCCGGAUGUCAACAUAUCGCCAAUUCACAAUGACAACACUUUAGGAAACUCGACUCCAUUAUCAAACAGAAAAGAGAAUUCCGUUCUUCACGACGAACGCAACCGCAACCUCAACCGCAACCGCAAUCGAGAUCUAGAUCGAGAAACCGAACUUGAAUUUCAACUUGGCGGCGAUAGCACGACGUGGUGGACAGCCACUCAAUGGCUGAAGUUGAUGAAGGUUGUAAACCUGAAAGUGGUAUCGCGCAAAGAUGCUAUAAAUAGCCAAUUGCUCAUGAAAGAAUUGGGGUGCUCAAGUAAAGAGGAUUUACAAAGACGCUAUGAUUUUUUAAAGUAUUACAGAAACAAGUAA